AUGGCGACGGGUCCGGCUACUCAGUCACUGAAGUGUGUGGUGACUGGUGAUGGUGCAGUUGGCAAAACAUGUCUUCUGAUCUCGUACACAACGAAUGCUUUCCCGGGUGAAUACAUCCCUACUGUCUUUGACAACUACACGGCCAGUGUUAUGGUUGACGGCCGGCCGAUCAGCCUGGGACUGUGGGAUACUGCUGGACAAGAGGAUUACGAUCGUUUGAGACCGUUAUCUUACCCGCAAACCGACGUCUUUUUGAUCUGCUUCUCCAUCGUCAGCCCACCGUCAUUUGAUAACGUCAAAGCAAAGUGGUUCCCUGAGAUCGAACACCACGCCCCAAAUGUCCCCAUCAUCCUCGUCGGUACCAAGCUCGAUCUGAGGGACGACCCCGCCACCACGCAAGCCCUUCACGCACGUAAGAUGGAGACCGUCUCCUACGAACAAGCCCUAGCCGUGGCCAAGGAGAUUCGCGCACAUAAGUACCUUGAAUGUUCGGCUCUGACACAACGCAACUUGAAGAGCGUGUUCGACGAAGCCAUCCGGGCCGUUCUCAACCCCCGUCCCACUACAAAAUCCGGGAGGAAGGCAGCCAAAUGCAAUAUCUUGUAG